AUGUACAACAGUACGGCUUCGAAGGCACCACCGCCCAAGGCUGGCGAUCUGGUAAAGAUAUCCCCCCCUGCUUCGUUCUCCCGUGGUCUCAGCUCUCUCUUGGAACAUCCGGUGUCACAGGCUGUGGAGUGGUCGCGGGACUUGGAGUCCCCCGUCAAGCAGAAAGGCGAGCCGAAGACGGAUCCUGUGCUCCUAAGGGACGUGCUGUACCACAAUGGGAAAGAAGAGUUCUACAACCAAAUCAUGAAGCUGGUUCAUGCCGAUGACGACCCCCCUGUGAUCUUCGAAUGGCUGCACGUCCACGAGUUUGUGCAGGCUAUUCUCCGAGCGAGAAUCCAAGCUGCUGUCCCUGGAGGCCACCCUGUCCCUCCGCCCCCAUUCGCUAUUCCGAACCCUCUAAACUGGAUGUCGUUCAGAGCGGCGAUACUUACCUAUGCUCGGGAUGGUAGGUCGGACCCGGUGGGCUCAAUCUGUCUUCCUUGCAGUCCUGCUGAAUCAAUGCGAUCCGUCGAAGCUCUCGGUCAGCUUAACACUCAUGCGUGCGUGGACGCGACAUGUCAUCCGCUUUGGAGGUGCUGGCAAUGUGCUACCCAUUGCCAAUCUGUACGUGCCCAGACCUCGCUCGGAUACGUUGGACUCCGCGAUCCGCCCACGCCCAAACGGAUUGUGGAAUACCCAGUGAAGAAGACUCGGCACAAACGAACCGCCGAAUACAGAAGCAGCCCAUCGUCGUGCAUUCUCAACCACAAACAACUGGUCGUCAUGCGUACUCAACCACAAGCAAUUCGUCGUCAAGCGUGA